AAGCUAGUUAUCAUGGUAUUUGGCAGUGCAAUCAGUACAUUCUCCCGAGAUAAUGCACUUUGUUGCCAAAUUUCGUCCGGGAUCUGCUUUCUUCUCUCUCUGAGUCUCAUCCUAGGCGGCUCGAUCAUGACGCAAAAAUAUAGCUACAGUCUUCUAUGUAAUCCCCAUAGUCCUUGGUCAGCUUGUGAUGAUUAUGAAGAUGAUCAAAAACUUUUUGCAAUUGGGGUAGCUUUAAUCAUUUUCGGGUGCAUAUCAGUGACAGUAGUUUCAAUUAUGCAGUGCUCUGCCUGUGGAUUUGCGGCCUUUCGCGGUUUCACUGAUAAACCAACAAGCGCAGUAAAUCAGCCAUCGCAGUCACACUUGAGCACCCAAAUGCCUAUGGGCUCCUACACCAACACCUCGUUCUUGCAACAGAGCUAUAUUUCCGAAAGACCUCCAAUUACACCAUCUCCUUACCCUACGAGCCAAUCACAUCCUCAACCCUGUGCCGAUUACUCCUUACCAUUCGCCCCCUACCUCCAUCCUGAAAUGGCCACUCUACCACCACCAAUGUCUAGUAUGCCUCCGCCCUCAGCACCCCAUUCUGCUCUUCCUCCACCAUACCAUCAAUGUGUGAAUCAACCAACACAAGUAAACUUGGAGAAAUAA